AUAAGACAGCCUGCACUCAGCCGUCAUUGUCAUACGUCCAUAGAUUAUUCUCAUCAUCAAUAUAAAACAAUUUCACAGGAAACAUCUCCAUUCCAUGCUUACUGGUAGAGCCUCAAUCUCCACUCAGAAUCACACAGAAACACCACUUAACCAACAACACUCUAAACCCAUUUCCAAACCUUCUUCAUCAGACAUGUCGCCAGUCCUUGCUCGAGCCGCCAUCCGCAACGCCGCUGCUACCGGCACGAGGCAAUUCUCGCUCAUGGCUGCCAUGCGCAACAUGGCACGCUCCUUUGAGCCCCAUCCCUUCCAGCGUCUGCCCAACACGCAGAAGCCGCAAGCUGCCGACUAUGCCAAGAUCUUCAGGCGUUCCGGCAAGACUGUCAUGAUCUACUUCCCUGGCAUGGCCUUGAUCCUAGGUUGGCCUGUGAUCGCUCAGAAGAUGGUUGAUGGCCACGUCUAAGGUCGCCAUUGCUGGCAUGAUGGUCAUACCAUCCUUUGGCCAGCUUCGGACACAAUACUCCCCGGGAACUCUCUUCAACAUAAUCGUGGCUUGGAUGUCUUGAGGCAUCAACUUAUAUAUAAUGGGAUAAAGGCAGGCGUUCUGGAGUUCAGGGCCCAGGAAAUACCUGGCCUGGCGUUUCUGGGAGUUGUGUGAUACCUAAAUAGAGGACCGAACCACGGGCCAUUUUUAAUUCUAUACAAGAAAACAGUAUCUACUUUGUCAGCCGUCUGGUCAAUUUGCCGAUGGUUGGAAGUUACGUGAGAUAUGCACUUACAUGCAUCGACUAAGACAUCGCUUCGCCGGGGAGAUGCUAAGCAUUCAUACACUGACCUAAGCUGCGAGGAACGUCAUCCACGCUCUUCGGGGCGAUCAAGUUCCAGCGAAUACCUGUCUGAUCUCUAGGAAACUAAUACAAACUUGAGCGCAUGACAGAGUAUGACCAACACUACCCUCGAAACAGGAUGUAUACGUUCUCUGCGUAUCCCCAAACAUAUAAUUAAGCACGACAAUAAAAACAAAAUGCCAGACUGUUUCCGAGCACAUCGCCCCUCAGUUGUUGAGGGAGACUGUUUCUGUAAUACCAAAUUUAAUACGACCGGGUGUCAAACGACCUGUUUCCUUGACACGAAGAGAUGAAAAGGGCAGAUUCACAACUGAUACAAUGACAAAGAAGGGAACAGCCAACCAAGGUUCAUCCUAGGGUUUAGGAGAUGACAGGGCAAGCGGAAGGAACCGAGGAAAAAAAAGUAAGAAAUCAAAAAGCCAGCCGGCGUCUAAUCAGUACUGCGACUGGGAAUCAUGCGAUUUUCCCCUCCGGCAGGCAAAUCGUCUUCCCCAAAGCCAAGUGAUCACAAUCAAGUCUUUGAUUUGCGUCCAAAAGGUCGUCGACUUGAACGCCGAUCCUUUGCGAAAUCGCCCAGCACGUAUCGCCCCGUUGAAUCACGUACGGGGUCGCUUUUUCGCCGCACACGACCUUCUGCAGAGCGCCAUCGUUACUCAGAAUCGAGUCGAAGCCGCCGAGGAGCCAAAAGACGCCGACGAGGAACAGACCUAUAAGGGUGAAGAAGUGCAGCAGCGGCAUCAGCUCGUGGCGCCAGGACGGCCGCUGGGGCUCGAGAUACUGCGUCGACGAGCGCUGCGGCGCCGCGGGCGGUUGCGCCCGAGCCAUGUCGGCGGCGUGCGCUCUGAGUAUGUCGGUGAACGAGGCGUUGGGGGCCUCAUCGCUGUAAGGUGGCGGCGGAGCCAUGGGCAUGGUCGAUGCCCGUGGCCGUUGCUGGCCGACGUUGCUGCGUGUGCCCUCCGAUAUUUGUCGCAGUCGGCCGUAGCGGCAGCCUGGUGCCGAUUCCCAUAUGCUGCCGUCUCGUUCAUCGCGGAACGUAUACGUCUCGUCGUCGGCAUCGUAUCCGAUCCGCACCAUGCCCUCUGGCAGGCGUUCCUCGUCCGUAUCCAGGUGUGACCAGCGGCCCAUGAUUGUGGUGUGAUUGUUCCAGUCUUAUUUCGCAGUAUAGAGACGAUGACCGAGAUGACAAGAGUGGCAGAGAGUAAAACGGAGGGAGAGGAUGGCUGAUUUAAUUUAUUACGUCUGAAGGCAAGGCUGCGUAAGACAGGUCGGGGAUUGUGAGAGUGAUACAGUAAAGUACAGCUGUAGGUGUCAAUGAGGGUUGCACGAAAGUACCAUGUGUGGUGCUGCAAAAACCUUGAACCGUCUGUUUGGAUCGCUUAUUUUUCUGUAGGUACGUGUCGGUCUGCAGGAGAUGUGCAUCAGCACUUCAAUGAUGCACUAGCCUUUGUCGAACGCGGGGUGUGGAGGCCAUUAGAGCACAUGCAUGACGUGUUUCAGUUUCACUAACUCCUUGAGCUCAGUGGACUGCGCCGCCACACUACAGCAAUGGCCUCCCAUACAGCAAUUGUUAACCCCCGGUAUCAAAUCGCUUAUUAUACGCCACGGGCUGACUGCACUGCCUUUUACCCUGUACCUUGGGCACUCAUACAGGAAUUAAGAUCCAUGCCAAGGUCAGUUUCUAGCUGAUUCUGUUGGUGGACAAAAAACCGAAGCAACAACUCUCAAGACCCUCAUCAGGCCGCUUGCGUAAGCCCAUCCGCAGUAGGUACGGUAUGCAUGUAUACCCCGGUACUAUUUUCCAUAGUGAUAUGCGCAUACCGGCAAUUGACUUGCGAAUUGACACAGCGAUAGUCCGAGCCUACGUCCAUGUCUGCCAAGGGUCAAUGCGCCCCGACAUGCUGACCUCUGUCGCACAAGACUGUGCCCUUGGCGGCUGUUGCUUUAGUCUUGACGGGCAUUGUAGAUCGAUCUUACCGUUGGUGUCCAUCUCGGCUCGCCACGAGGACAUUUUUACCAUCGUAAAAUCCCAUAGCGGAGGGAGCACUUUGGGAUAGAAGAUGCAUAUGAUAUGCCUUGAAAUCAAUUCUCAACCUGGUGCCACCUAACUUGGGUACCUUACCUACCUUAGUUACUUUGCCCUGACUUGAUCCAUCGAGAUCAUUGUUGACAAAAAUGAACUCACGUUCAAUCCUGGCAAGCAAACCCAAUAUUAAUCAAGCAUGUUCCUAAGAUUUUCAAUACUUUGCAGUUGUACUACCUAUAACGAUUAUAGUCUUGGCACCAAGUCGAGUCCUACCCAAUUAGGGCUAGUCAGGGACCCUUGUCUACCAUGGACAGGUGGAACGCGUCCGCCUGUCAAUUUGGAGCUCCCUUGAGGAUGGAGACGUGUAGAGAGACAUCCAGUCGUUGUUAUCGUGCUGCC